AAAACAGAGUUCUCAGUUAAUUUUUUCCGAAUUCCGAUUUCUAUGCAAUUACCGCAAUUACUGAUACGCGUGUGGUGUAUAUAAAUUUGAUAAUAAAAUAUUUAUCUUAUACAGUGUUCUGUGAAAAUUCAACACAAGAAAAAUGUGUGCAAUUUAUCUAAAAUCCCUGAGUUCACCGGAAGUCAAUGAAUUUCUCGAUUCUUUUGACACCGUCUUGACAGACUGCGAUGGAGUUCUUUGGAGACAUUUGACAAAAUUCCCUAACGCCUCAGAAGUAAUGAACACAUUUCAAAAUAUUGGAAAACAAGUUUUUUACGUAACAAAUAAUAGUACAAAGACGAGAAAAGAAUUUGCGGAAAAAUGUGAGAAUAUGAAUUUUAUCACAAAAGAGGAAAAUAUUCUUUGUCCAACAUUAUUGGUCGCUCGAUAUCUCAAGGAUCUUGAGAUUUGUAAGAAUAAUAAAGUUUACGUUGUUGGAAGUGAAGCAAUUGGAAAAGAAUUGAAGAGCUUUGGUAUCGAAAGUUUUGGAUGGGGUUCAGAUUCAUUGAAUUGUUUAUCGGAUAUUCCAAAUAUUAAAACCGAGCCUGAUGUCGAUGCGGUUAUUGUUGGAUUUGACGAGCACAUAAGUUAUCCAAAAAUGGCGAAAGCAGCGACUUAUUUGAGAAAUGAAAAAAUUCACUUUAUCGCCACAAAUACUGAUGAAAAUUUUCCAUCCGACAGGAUUGUUAUUCCCGGGACCGGAGCGAUUGUGAGGGCAAUUGAAACUUGCUCGGGGAGAAAAGCGACAGUUUUGGGAAAACCCGAGCCUUAUAUUAGUAGAGUAAUUCAGGAGGAUUAUAAAAUAAAUCCCGAGCGUACGAUAAUGAUUGGCGAUCGGGCAAAUACAGAUAUUUUAUUGGGCAAACGUUGUGGUUUUAAAACAUUGCUUGUACUCACCGGCGUCACGUCAUUGGGCGAAUUGGAGAAAUGGCAAAAAUCCGAUUCCAAUGAGGAGAGAGAAUGGAUUCCAAAUUUUUACACCGAUCAAUUGGGCGAUCUUUUACCAAUGCUGGAAAAAUAUAAAUUAACGAAAAGUAGUCACACAAUGGCAGCUAAACGAUUGACAUCACUGACCAAGGGGGAAUUUAAAAGUUUCUUUAAUUCUUUUGACGUCGUUUUGUCAGAUUGCGAUGGUGUUCUUUGGGAGGAAACAAAAGUUAUUGAAGGAUCGCCUCAGGCUGUUAACCACUUGAAAGGAAAUGGAAAGAAGUUUUUCUAUGUGACGAAUAAUAAUGGAAAAACGAGAGCUGACCUUGUCGAUAAAUGUAAAGGAUUAAAUUAUUCUGCAACAAUAGACGAAAUGGUGUGCACGUCAUUUUUGGCAGCAAUAUAUUUAAAGCAACAGGGAUUUGACAAGAAAGUUUAUUUAAUCGGCAAUUCCGGAAUGGCUAAAGAAUUAGAAGCUGUUGGAAUUCGACAUUGUGGAUAUGGACCAGACUCCCUUCAAGGAACAGCUUUUGAGAUAAUUACGAAUUUUAAACCUGACCCGGAAGUGGGAGCAGUUGCAGUUGGAUUUGAUGAUACUUUCAGUUAUUCAAAAUUAGUGCAGGCCGCAACUUAUUUACAAAAUCCUAAUGUACAAUUCUUGGGAAUGAAUCCUGAUAUUAGUAGGCCAUCGCCGAAUAACAAUACCUUUCCAGGAACCGGAUGUUUUAUUUCCAUUGUCGAAAUCGCAGCCAGUAGGAAAGCAAAAAUUUUGGGAAAACCUGAAUCCUGCAUUAGUGAAUAUUUAAUAAAAAAUUUCAAUUUGGAUCCAAAACGAACCCUCAUGAUUGGCGACAAUUGCAGUACCGAUAUUCUUUUGGGAAAACGUUGCGGAUUUCAAACACUACUUGUAAUGACAGGUGUCACUAAUCAAGAAAAUGUUAAUGAAUUAAUUCAACCGGACGCCGAAUCAAAAGGUUUAAUUGUUCCCGACUAUUACACUGAUAAACUAUCGGAUAUAACAAAACUUUUGUCCGAUUGACGACAACUUUGCCAUAUGUAUAUUAUUAUAUGAAGAAAAAACAACAACAACAACAACAACAACAACUAAUUGAAUUUUUAGGUUAAUUGAAUAUUAAUGAUUAAUAAAUUAUACACACAUACACGAUAAUAUAUAUUUAUAUACAUAAAAAUGCGUAUAAGACAAUUAAAAAAUUAUUCGAACACAAACAGAAAUAUCUCGCGCCAAAGACCUCAAAGUAUUAUAUAUAGUUUUUUUUUAAAGAAAAGAAACAAGUUUUUAUUUUGUAUAGAGAAAAAAAAGAGAAGAAUGUCGUCGAUUGUUAUACGUACACUGCAAUAAAUAAUGUCAAACUUU